AUGGCACUCCACGCCACCCCAACUGCGCAAUCACAUGGCGCCCAUGCCCCCGACAAACAGGAACGACGUCCAAUCCCAUUCCGAAAUCUAGCUGUGGGCGCGUUCAUGAAUCUGUUUCAAGUCACCUCUCUCGGUCAGCCCAUGGAGGUUCUCAAAACACAUCUGGCAGCUAAUAGACAUGAUACUUUGCGCGACGCUAUUUCGAAAACCUGGACUCGUGGGGGUGUGUCUGCGUACGAUCAAGGGUUGAUUCCGUGGGCCUGGCUCGAAGCCUCCACGAAAGGUGCAAUCCUCGUCCUAACAUCUAGCGAGAUCGAAUACCAUGCGCGAAACAAUUUCAACGCGUCCCCAACAAUGUGCGGCGUGUUGGGAGGUAUCGGCGGCGGCAUCGCCCAGUCCUACUUAACGAUGGGCAUGACGACAUGUAUGAAAACGGUCGAGGUGACGCGGUCUAAGUUGAGUGUGCAAGGCGCGAAGGUGCCAAAUGCGAUGGAGACGUUCUUCAAUAUGCUGCGUGAGAAGGGAAUCCGUGGUGUUAAUAUGGGCGUGAAUGCCGUGGCCCUGAGACAGGUGACCGGGUGGUCGUCACGAAUUGGGAUCUCGCGGUUCGCGGAGGAAAGUAUUCGCUCUGCUACGGGGAAGAGGGAGGGCGAGAAAUUGUUGAUUUGGGAGAAGGUGCUGGCGUCGACGAUUGGUGGUGCGUUGAGUUGUUGGAAUCAGCCAUUUGAGGUCCUUCGCGUGGAGAUGCAAUCGAUGAAGAAGGACCCUACGCGUCCAGUUUCCCCGACUAUGAUCUCGACGUUCCGACACAUUCUCCAGACGUCCGGUGUACGAGGACUCUUUCGAGGCGUCGUGCCUCGAAUCGGCGUCGCAGCGUGGGCUACGAUCUGUAUGGUAGGAUUUGGUGAUGCCCUAAAAGAGGUUGUCCAGAAGCGAUAA